AUAUGUCACAGUCACACUGAAUCGCACACAGAAUGAUCACAGGGUAAUGAUAAUUCCUGUUCCCUGCAAUUUGGCAAAGUAAGACUAUUUACUUGUAAAUAAGUUUAUUCACUAGUUAAAUGACUAAAUAUGGCACUAACGAAACUGUAUACAAAGAAAUGACGAUUCGAAACAAAAGUCCAUGUGAUGUGGAUGAUAUUACAGCAAAGGCCAUUGGUGAUUUCGGGCCUUGGCAGCUGAGGAUUAGUGUACUAAUGGCAUUACUGAAAUUGCCCAUGGCUUGGUAUCAGUUGAAUAUAAUAUUCAUGGCUCCACCACAAGAUUUCUGGUGCGUGAAACCGAGUAAACUUUUCAAGUAUUCGGAUGAAGAGUGGAGACAAAUGUGUAUGCCGCACAUAGAAGAAUAUCCGUGUCUGAUAUUUGAUCCAGAUCUAUUGGCAAUGGCACCUGAGAUGGAACGAAAAAACAUACCACUGGUUGAGUGCAAAAAGUUCAUUUUCAAUAAAACUGUGUUCCAUAGAACUAUCACUUCAGAGUGGAAUUUAGUUUGCUCUCAGCACUGGCUAGUACACUUAACACAGUGUGUAAUGAUGUGGGGAGUGUUAUUAGGUGGCAUAAUUUUUGGCGUCAUAGCUGACAAAUACGGCCGAAGGAUGCCCCUUAUGGUUGCAAUCAUAGUGCAGAGUAUUGCAAGUUACGCUGCGAGUGUAUUUCCAUACUUUCGGGGUUGGCUGGCCAUUUGGUUUAUUUUAGCGCUGUGUUCAGGAGGUUUGGGUAUCAUAUCUUUUGUUAUUUGUAUGGAAGCAGUAAGCGGUAAAUGGCGAACAACAGUCCCAAUUUUGUACCAAUUGCCGUUUGGAUUCGGCAGUUCAAUAAUGGCAGUAUUAGCAUAUUUUCUUCGUGAUUGGCGACAGUUGGAAUUCGCCUUAGCAACUUUGUCUGCUUUAUUCAUUUUAUACUGGUUUUGGAUUCCCGAAUCACCUAGAUGGUUAUUAGCGACUGGUCAAAGCGAUAAAGCUCUUGAAGUGUUAAGACAAGCUGCAAUCCAAAAUCAUAGAGAUGGAAACUUGAAAAUCAUUAGAAAUUCACUACCGAAGUGUAAGGGCCAGAAAAACACGGUGCUAGGAUUUAUGGCAUUCUUUAAGUUGAAUAACAUGAGGAAGAAGACUUUACUUUUAUCUGCUAACUGGUUUUGUACGGGAUUAGCGUUUUAUGCUUUCUCCCAAUAUCUUGGCAUGAUUGGAGGAAAUAUAUUUCUAACUGUGGCUAUUAGCGGUAUCAUUUAUGUACCUGGUGGAAUCGUUUGCCUUAUUGUGGUGGCUAAAGUAGGGCGUAGAGCCACCGUGUGGACAUUCCAAGUUAUCACAGCAAUAUGUUUUGUUUUUAUUGUAAUGACACCUAAAGACGUCUUUGCGAACGAUUGGCCGAGAUUAAUUUUCGCAGCCAUCGGGUUUGGGGGAUUGGCAGGGUCGGUACCGGCAUUAUAUUUGUAUUCGGGGGAGUUGUUUCCAACCCUGGGGCGCAACGCAGGUGUAGGGGGUGUAACUACGUUUGCUCGUAUAGCGGCGAUGGUUGCUCCAGCCGUUGUGAGCUUGGACAGCAUUCUACCUGAUCUGCCAAUGAUGUUACUGGCCGGAGUUAGCAUCGGUCAAUUGUUCUUAAUCCUGCCUUUGCCCGAGACUAAAGACUAUCCGCUACCAGACACAUUAGAGCAAGCUGAACAGUUUAAGAGAAUCCCUGAACAACGUAAAGCUAGUAGUAGGUAGCUCAUACAUUUGUAAAACAAAAUGUUUGAUCUAUAUUCUUUCCUAGAGAGAAUAUCUUUUACUUUACUUGAAACUUACCAUAAUAUAGAAUUUAUUAUUUAUAAUAGGGAUAAUAAAUGAUGUAAACAUAAUAUUCCAAACUGUGAAUUUAUUAUUUGCAUUCAUAUAAGUACAGUUUUUAAAAGUUUGAUCACAAUUUUUUUUUAAUUAUGGAAGAAUGUGAAAUCAUGAUUUCGGACUAUUGUUUCCCCGGACAGGUAUGGGAAGGUACCUAUUAUACAAUUUUAAAUGUACCUAAGUCCUGAUGUCUCCCUAACCUAAGGGAAACUAUACACACCAGACAUUGAAAUCAUACACAUCAUAUAUCAGCUUUAAAAAUAAAAUUGAUUUGCUAUCCAAGACAAAAUGUUAAGGAACCACAAAAGAAAAUAAAAAAAUACGAACACAAAAAUAAAUUCUUACAGCAAUGAUAAAAAGAAUAUUUUUUUCAACACAACAGAAUAAAAAGUAAAACAACAUUUGAGACUUGAUAAAAUGAUUUAAAAACAAAAUCUAUUUACUUUGAGUUGUACUUAAAAAAAUGCUUUAUCUAUGGAAAUUGAUUAAAUCAUUAUUUUCAAUGAUGCAUUGAAAUUAAUGAAUUUUAUCCUUAUUUGUAACUUUAUGUCUAAUGUUUUCAAUCCUGUGUAACAAUGUGGGAUGUGAAUGAUACCAGGCAGAAUAGAGUUUAUCAUAAAUUGGAUAAUCCAAGUUAUCUUUCCCAAGCUUAAUGAGAGCUGACCUCAGUUCAUUGGGAUAAUUUAAUGAAACUGCAAAGUUGUCUGCUUCAAACUCAUAUUUCCUAGAGAGUGCUGUAGCAAAGUAUGAAAGUAUAGAAUUGUAUGGAGCAAGAAUCAUUUGCAAUACCACAAUCAGUCCAAUGAUGAUAGGUUCCUGUCCAACAGGGAAACCCAGUGCUGUAUACAAUGUAGAAUAUUUAAAUAGAAGACCAAAUGCUGUAAACAGCAAUAAGAGGUUCACUUCAGUUAGGACAAUCGAUUUGUAAAUGUGACUACAACUCCAGUGUCCAAGCUCAUGAGCCAAGAUACCUAAUAUUUCAUCAUCUAAACAUCCAGUUGUUGUCUUUUUCUCUUCAUCAUAUUUCUCUAACAAAGUAUCAAAUAAGACAAUUCUCUUGGCUCCAAACAAUCCACUAAAGUAUGCAUUACUAUGAGCUGAUCUCUUUGAACCUUCUACAAUAUAGAUUUGAGAAAGUGGAAAAUUAAGUUUAGAAGCCAAACUUUCAAUACCUUUCCUGAGGCUACCAUCAGGCAGAGGAACAAAUUUGUCAAACAAUGGUGCAAUCACAGAUGGGUAAAUUGUCAACAAGAAUAAUGUUGCAACAGUGGUAAAUAACCACAACCACAUGACAAACAUUUUACCUCCAAGCAUUAUUAUAUAGAUUGCAACUGAUAUUAUUGGCAAAGUGAUAACUAGGCUUAGCAACAAGGAUUUCAUUUGAUCUUUAACAAAAAAACCUACAGUUUGUUUAUUAAAACCAUGUUUUUCCUCUAGUACAAAAAUGCCAUAAAUUGUAAAUGGCAUAUUUACAAAAAAGUUGAAUAUAGUGACAAAUGUCAUAAAAACACAACUUACAAGUAUUUCUCUGUCUGGUGAGAUAUUAAAAAUUAAUGCAAUGUUUUCUGACUUCUGCCAUGCAGAAUAUAUCCAUUUGUUAUAAAGGAUUAUAGUUGUUAAUACUAUGCUAUACAGCUCUUUGGCAAUUUUAAAUUGUGACUUAUCGAUUCCAUACAGUCUUGCUUUCUUGAAUGAUUCUUCAUUAAGCAUAUCCUUUAAGUCAUCUGGAAUAGUGUUGUUUGUCUUGUAAAUCUUUAACUGGAAAAAAG